CUUCGUUACACACACACACAGUCACACCAAACCCUCUCUCUCUCUCUCCCCAUCUCUCCAGCUCUUGUUAUGCUUCGUUUAGUCAAUUGUGGAUUCUGAUGUGAAGCUUUACGCUUUGACAGUCUCAGGUAAAGUCCGCCACAGCUUCGGAGUUUCUCCGGUGGCUCGACCGGUUGUUCUGUUGUGAUCUACCUAUGUGAUUAUCUUCCCGGCUCCGUUACCACAACAAAGGAAACGUUUUUUGGAGAAUUGUUGUCAAAAAUAUCUAGGAUUUGAGUGACUGAAGAUGAGGCAUUUUAUGUUGAGCAUUUGCACCUUCACCUCCUGUUUAAUGUGUGAGAACUGAAUCUAUCUGUAGCAUCUCCGAUAACAAACUUACAUGGUUACUUCAGGGGAAAGUGUACAAGAUGAAGUUGCUUCUGAUAAAUUGCAGCGGAGACAGAGCUCUGACACUGGGUUCAACGGAUCACCAUCCAAUCAAGAAGGAAGCACCCUCUCUAUGUUAACAGAGAAAUCAUUGGGUGAAUUGCAGCAGGGACAGAGCCCUGGUGCUGCAAUUCAUGCAUCACAAUCUGAUGAAGAGGGAAAGACUCUCUCUAUUGUACCUGUUAAAAUGUCUGAUAAUUUGGAGCAGAGACAGAGCCCUAAUAGGGGUGAUCACACAACCCAAUCCAAUGAAGAAAGAAGCACUUCCUGUAAAGUACCUGAGAAGAUAUUGGAUAAUUUACAUCAGAGACAGAGUACUGAUAUUGGGUCCAAUCAAGAAGGAAGCACAUUUUCUACAAUGCCAGAAAAACCGUCAGAUAAUUUACGGCAAAUCAAGAUCCCUGAUACUGGGGUUCAUGCAUUACAAUGUGAUCAAGAAGGAAGCAGUCCCACUAUAAUACCUGAUAAAGCACCGGAAGAUGGUUAUAAUUGGCGAAAAUAUGGGCAGAAAUUUGUUAAGGGAAAUGAAUUUAUCAGGGGCUAUUACAAAUGUACACAUCCGAACUGCCAAGCGAAGAGGCAAGUGGAACGCUCUCAUGCAGGGCAGAUCACAGAUACUAUUUAUCGGGGCAAGCAUGAACAUCCUAAACCUCAACCUAGUUCCCAGGCAGCUGUUAGCAAUGUUCAGCCCAUCCAAGCAAGAAGAGUAGAGGAGCCUGCUAUGGCUAUUGCAGAAGAGGAAUUGUCUGAUGCACACGGUCAGAUAUCUCAUCAUAUGGAGCCUACUCAAACUCCUCAGCUUUCUAUUGUUAGAGAAAGUGAUGAUGUACUUGUACGAUCAAAUAGAACAAAAGACGAGGUUGAAAACGACAAUGAUCCAGACUCAAAGAGACAGAAGAGAGAUCUCUGUAAGGUUGAUGAGAAUCUGGCAGAUAAGCUGAAUGGUGAACGACGGCUUGUUGUUCAGACUCGGAGUGAGGUUGACGUAGUUAAUGAUGGCUACCGCUGGCGCAAGUAUGGACAGAAAUUAGUAAAAGGCAAUCCAAAUCCAAGGAGUUACUACAGGUGCUCAAAUGCUGGUUGCCCAGUUAAGAAACAUGUAGAGAGAGCAUCCCAUGAUCCCAAAGUGGUCAUUACUACAUAUGAGGGACAACAUGACCAUGAUAUGCCUCCUACUAGGACUGUUACCUCUAAUGCAGCAGGAGCUAGUACUAGUAAUAUAACAGCCUUGAACGAGGAGUCGAGAUCUAAAGCAGAAGAGAACAAUGCAGUUGGUCUUGAAAUGGCUGUUCGCAUCAGUGCAAACUGAGUAACAAACUCCAGAUGAGGAUUUUCAAAGAUGAACUCGCUUGUUCAGACCCACUUGAAGCUGUGUAUUCUAGCUCAAAUGAUGAUGUUGAUUGACCUAAACGAGGAGGUGUGUGCAUUGAUGAUUUUCUUUUUACUUUUUUAUUUUCUUUUUUCUCCCUGAGGUGGAGAGGGGAGAGAGGGGGCCGUGCUUUUACCCCUAUAACCCUGACUUAAACUAUGCUUCUAAUUGGUGACAGAAGGUAGAAAAAACUUGAUUAGUUGUAAAUUAUUCUAAUAAGGAAGAAGAAAUAAAAUUUAGAUAUUAUAUGAAAUUCCUAAAUUUAGCAGGCAUUCAUAGUAUUUUGUAUUACCUGCAGUUCUGUGGUCAUCCUUUUUUUUUUUUUUCCUCUAGUUGGUACUAACACACCUUUGUGGUCAUCUUUUUGGUGUCUGCAGGAUACAUAUAGCUGUCUGCUAAAACUUUUUUGAGCUUUAAAAUAGUUAUGCAAUGUGAAACUGAUGAGAGACAAUUUUUUUCAGUCAGUGAUGAUGAUAGUCAAUUCUUUUUAACUUAUUAUAAACUGGGUUGAAUGCAAUGUCUUCCCUGUUUCAGCUGAAGAGAACAAAGAGUAAACAAAUAACGAUUUUUUUUUUUUUUUCCAACUUAAAGUUGCAUAAUUAACAGUUGAAAAUUACUCCUCUGUGAAAAUAUUUUUAUAUGAAGAUAGGGGAAAAUCAAUAAGCUGAUAAGCCUGAUAUGGGUUGAAAAAGCAAAUACGUGGAGCUUUUUAACAAAA